AUGGCUGCAGCACGGCUCGUCACCUGGGGGCUGCUCCUGGCCACCGGGGUUCCUGCCGGAGCCUGGGGAACGCUGCCGGUGGGGCUGUCCCCAGGUGGGACCCUGCAGCGCGGCACGGACCCCCUGCACGGCCCUGCCUGGGGACAGCAGCGGCCAGGCCCGUCCCCUGCCUGGGAGGCGUCGGGGGACCCCAGCGGUGCCAGUGCUCCCGGGAGCGAGCACUGGGGGGGCAGCAGCCCUGUGCACUGGUCCCCACCGCCGCAGGCAGGGGAUGCCACCGGGGCACCCCUGGGGAUGGAAACCACCAUGGCAGGCGCUAGCACCGGGGCCUGGCGGGACGGCGGCACAGCCCCAGCGGUGGCGGAGGAGCCCAUCAUCGCCUGGCGAGGACACGAGGCCAAAGGCCAGGACAGCCCCCAGGGCGGGACCUGGCUGCCCCUCGGCUCUGCGCUGGGGACGUCAGGCCCCGAGGUGCCCAUGGACACGGGGCCAAGCUCCCCAGGGCCGCCCUGGCCAGGACAGGGCCCGUCCCCAGCCGGGCAGAGUGCCACCGGGCCAGCCAGCACCCCCAGCCCGCGGCCGACUGUGUCUACCAUCGCCCUGACCCCCGUGCCAGCAGCCGGGACAGGGACAGCAGAUGCCCAUGCAGUGGGACAGCCAGCGGCAGCCGGACCCAUGGCAGCCCUGGGCCUCCCUCGGGGUACACAGCUCACUCUGGCCAGCAGCCAGCUGGUCCCGCUGGGCACUGUCCCUGUACCCCACCCCACUGGCAUGGGGCCAGCCAGGGGUCCCCUCACCAGCCCCGGCUCCACGCAGCCAAUGGGCAGACAGGGGGACCCGGGGGGCCCCUCCAGCCCCUCCCCUGCUCUGCCCAGCUCUGCCCCACGGCUGCCGCCCGCAGCCCCAUCCUGGGGGCUGGCAGAGCCCUGGACCCGGGUGGUCCCAGCCCACCAGCGCAGCACCCGGAGAGCCCCGCUCAGCCACGCCACUGCAAGCCUCAGGGACGCGGCCCCUCGCACGGACGCCGGGACAAUGGGGCAGCAGGGACUCCAGCCCACCCUGGGGCCUGGCCUUGGCAGCAGCCCCACGCCACUGCCCACCUCCAGCACAGCCCUCCCCGGCACCCCCGGCACAGGGCUGCUGCCCGAGGAGGACGUCGGCUCCCCGCAGCGGGUCCGGGGCGCUGUGGGCCCCGUGAGCACCCCGAACGCCACCGAGGCCACCCCACGGCUGACGGCGCAUCCUGCCACAGGGACACCCGGGACCAGGCGCUCAGACACCGCGGGGAUGCAGCCCCCCACCCACAGCACCGCAGCCCCCUCGGCCACGUGGCGGCAGGCAGGGGUGACACCGCAGCCAGCCCCCCGGCACCCAUCCACGCAGCAGCCCAGCCACCCCCCAGUGCCGGGGGCCAACGGGACGGGGCUGCGCUGGGCCGAGCUGCGUCGCCGGCUGGGCUUCGCCUGGGAGGCCCACGUCUAUGGGGUAGCCGCCAUCUUCCUGCUGCUGGCGCUGGGCUGCAUCUCUGGGCUGGCUGGGGCGGCCGCCCUGCAUCCCCCCCACUUGCCCCACAUUUUAGGGGCCCACGGGCUGCUGCUGGCCGCCUGCCUGCUGCGGGCCACCUUCCUGCUGCUGGACCCCUACGGGGUGCGGGGCCGUCUGCCCUCCUGGGCCCUGCUGCUGCUCAGCACGGCCCCCUUCCCCUUGCUGCUCACCACCUUCGCCCUCCUGCUCCAGCGGCUCCAGCACCUGGCCCAGCUCCGGCUGCUGCCGACCCGGCUCCGGGGGCUGCCCGCACUGGGGGCAGCCGCCACCCUGCAAAGCGUGGUGCUGGGGGCCGCCGACCUGCUCCCGCCCCGGCUGGGCCCCACCGCUGGGCUGGUGCUGCAGGUGCUGGGCUGCGGGGCCGGGGUCCUGCUGCUGCUGGGGGGGCUCUGGGGGUGCUGGAGGGUGCUGCGGGCACCCCAGGAGGGACCAGGGGGUGGCGUGGGGCCAGAGCCGCGGCGGGGGGCCCGGGCACUGCUGGCGGCAGCAGCAGCAGGGCUGCCGGUCUGCGGGUUGCAGCUCUACAGUGCCCUGUGGCUGCGGGGGGUCCUGGGCCCCCCAUGGCGCUUCUCACGGCCUGGCUGGGCGGCACAGCUCUGGCUGCGGGUCGGCGAGCUGGGCACAGCACUGGCACUGCUAGUGGCCGCCGCUGAGCCGCUGUGCUGCCAGUGCCACCGCCGCAGCCCUGCCGGCCACUCCUGCUGGGCCAAGGCACUGCAGUACUUCUGCGCCGGCCGCAAAACCGAGGCACCGGAGUACCCCAACAACUGCUAUGAUUGGGCCAGCGGCAGCACCGGCAGCACCGGCCCGGAGCGGGCACCCGCCAGCGACAUCUCCAAGAGCCUCAUCCGCAACCCGGCGGAGCAGCUGCCCCUGCGGGCCCUCAAGGACAGCAACGAGGCCUGGGCGGCUGCCGCUGGCACUGCCAGGAUGCCAGGGCUCAGCCCCAAGUGCCCCAAUGCGGUGGCCGCCCGCUCCUGCGCCGCCUUCGAGCAGGGCUCGUCCCCCUCGCUGGGGGAGCUGGUCUUCCGCCCCCCGUCCCCCAUCGACCUGCGCCGCAGCAUCGACCAGGCACUCUGCCGCCGCCACCUCCUGCACGAUGGCCUCUUUGACCGGCCCCGCCGUGGCUCCGGCGCCUCGCUGCAUGGCUCCCUGGCCGCUGCCGAGACCCCUGGCUUGGGGCGCAUGGUGCGGUGCAGCUCGCUGACAGAGCUGCCCGGCCCCCAGCAGCCCCCUGGCACCGUCACCAUCACUGUCACCGCUUCAGCCAGCUCGCUGGAGAGCAGCUCGCUGAAGAUCAGCUGGAACCCCUGGCGCCAUGGGCUGUCCUCACCCGACAGCCUGCCCCUGGACGAGGCACCCAGCCGGGCCCCCCCUCCUGAUGCCCGCCAUGCCCCCCAGCUGGGAGCGCGAGGGCCCCCGCGGCUUCCCGGCCCUCGGCAAAGCAGUGGACACCCGCAGCCUCUCCAGUGA